AUGGCACAGAGUUUCAGUGUUGGAAUCAACAGAAACCUGGAUCUGAACCUGAACCUGAACCUGAAACUGGACCUGGAUCUGAACCUGAACCUGAAUCUGAACCUGGACCUGGAUCUGAACCUGGAUCUGGAUGCAGCAGUGUUUCCCCCAGGACUGACGAGUCAACAAGUCAUAUUCAAGAGACCAAAGACUUGGAUUUAUCUGUGCUUUUCCAGACGCUUAAAGUUUCAACAGAAACCUGGACCAGGACUGGCCCCAGGACCUGAACCUGAACCUGGAAUAAGACCUGAACCUGAACCUGGAUCUGAAUCUGGAUCUGGAUCCAGCAGUGUUUCCCCCAGGAGUGACGAGUCAACAAGUCAUAUUCCAGACUCCAAGGACAUCAAUCCAGGAGUGGAACAACUGGACCAGCAGAGCUCAGAGACUCCCAGUGGUCCGUCUGUCCAGCAGCAUCAAACACAGCUGGACUCCAUCUUUCUGCUGCUGGAGGACAACAUUGUCACUUUUGUCAAGAAGGAGCUGAAGAAAAUGAAGAAGCUUCUGAGUCACAUGGAGGAUGAAGAGGAGCGGGAGGAUGAAGAUGAAGAGCAGAGGAGCAGCAGAGAGUCACUGAUGAAGAUCACAGUGAACUUCCUGAGGAGAAUGAAGCAGGAGGAUCUGGCUGAUGGACUGCAGAGCAGAUCUGCUGCAGUUUGUCGACAUGAAGUCCAAUCUGGUCUGAAGAAGAAGUUCCAGUGUGUGUUUGAGGGGAUGGCUAAAGCAGGAAGCCCAACCCUUCUGAAUGAGAUCUACACAGAGCUCUUCAUCACAGAGGGAGGAAGAGGAGAGCUGAAUGAAGAACAUGAGGUCAGACAGAUUGAAGCAGCAUCCAGGAAAGCAGGCAGAGCAGAAACAAGCAUCAGACAAGAAGAGCUCUUCCAACUCCCAGCUGGAAGACCAGAACCAAUCAGAACCGUGAUGACUAAGGGAGUGGCUGGCAUCGGGAAAACAGUCUUAACACAGAAGUUCACUCUGGACUGGGCUGAAGGCAAAGCCCACCAGAACCUCCACUUCACAUUUCCAUUCACUUUCAGAGAGCUGAAUGUGCUGAAAGAGGAGAAGUUCAGCUUGGUGGAACUUGUUCAUCACUUCUUCCCUGAAACCAAACAAGCAGGAAUCUGCAGCUUUGAAGACUUCCAGGUCCUCUUCAUCUUUGAUGGUCUGGAUGAGAGUCGACUUCCUCUGGACUUCCACAAGACUCGGAUCCUGAAGGACCCUAGAAAGUCCACCUCAGUGGCUGAUCUGCUGACAAACCUCAUCAGGGGGAAUCUGCUUCCCUCUGCUCUCCUCUGGAUAACCACACGACCUGCAGCAGCCAAUCAGAUCCCUCCAGGAUAUGUUGACAUGGUGACAGAGGUCAGAGGGUUCAAUGAUCCACAGAAGGAGGAGUACUUCAGGAAGAGGUUCAGAGAUGAAGAGCAGGCCAGCAGGAUCAUCUCCCACAUCCAGAGAUCCAGAAGCCUCCACAUCAUGUGCCACAUCCCAGUCUUCUGCUGGAUCACUGCUACAGUUCUGGAGGAUCUGCUGAAGAGCAGAGAGGGAGGAGAGCUGCCCAAGAGCCUGACUGAGAUGUACAUCCACUUCCUGGUGGUUCAGGCCAAAGUCAAGAAGGUCAAGUAUGAUGGAGGAGCUGAGACAGAUCCUCACUGGAGUCCAGAGAGCAGGAAGAUGAUGGAGUCUCUGGGGAAACUGGCUUUUGAGCAGCUGCAGAAAGGAAACCUGAUCUUCUAUGAAUCCGACCUGACAGAGUGUGGCAUCGAUAUCAGAGCAGCCUCAGUGUACUCAGGAGUGUUCACACAGGUCUUUAGAGAGGAGAGAGGUCUGUACCAGGACAAGGUCUUCUGCUUCAUCCAUCUGAGUGUUCAGGAGUUUCUGGCUGCUCUUCAUGUCCACCUGACCUUCAUCACCUCCGGACUCAACCUCAUGGAGGAAGAACAACAAAAAAAGUCUUGGUUUUCUUUCUCUUUUCUUCAAAGUGGUCCAGUCCAGUUGUACCAGAGUGCUGUGGAGAAGGCCUUACAGAGUCCAAACGGACACCUGGACUUGUUCCUCCGCUUCCUCCUGGGUCUUUCACUGCAGACCAAUCAGAGUCUCCUUCGAGGUCUGCUGACUCAGACAGGAAGUAGCUCACAGACCAAUCAGGAAACAGUCCAGUUCAUCAAGGAGAAGAUCAGUGAGGAUCUGUCUGCAGAGAAAAGCAUCAACCUGUUCCACUGUCUGAAUGAACUGAAUGAUGGUUCUCUAGUGAAGGAGAUCCAACAGGUCCUGAGGUCAGGACGUCUCUCCACAGAUAAACUGUCUCCUGCUCAGUGGUCUGCUCUGGUCUUCAUCUUACUGUCAUCAGAAGAAGAUCUGGAAGAGUUUGACCUUUGGAAAUACUCUGCUUCAGAGGAGGCUCUACUGAGGCUGCUGCCAGUGAUCAAAGCCUCCAACAAAACUCUACUGAGAAGCUGUUUCCUGUCAGAGAGAAGCUGUGAAGCUCUGUCCUCAGUUCUCAGCACUCAGUCCUCCAGACUCAGACAUCUAGACAUGAGUAUCAACAUCCUGCAGGAUUCAGGAGUGAAGCUACUGUCAGCUGGACUGGAGAGUCCAGACUGUAAACUGGAGACUCUCUGGUCAGUUUCAUUAAAAUGUUGAUUCUCUACAAGAAGU